GGACGAUUGACCUGCGAACCGGACGAGUUGAAAGAGGCUUCCUGUUGUCACCUUCUGUCAACUUCAUUCAGCGCUGUAAACAUCACGGGACCGCCAUGGAAGAACUUGUACUCAUGCUAGAAGAUCACAUGACAAGAAAAAUGUAGGUGAGGGAUCUUAUCUUACAGGAACAGGAUGUACCUACAUAGAGGUAUUUCUAGACUUCAAGCCGAAGAGCUCCUACUGACAGCAAGGGAUGAUGGGAGUUUCCUAGUACGUGACAGCGAAUCUCUUCCUGGAGCUUAUGUCCUCUGUCUGUUGUGGCAAUCUCGUGUGCAUCAAUAUAGGAUUUUAACACAGAAAGAUGGAAAAUUGUCAGUGCAGUCCGAGGGUAAAGUCCAGCCAGUCCGAUACAAUGACAUCGAUGAGCUGGUUCAGGGUUACUUGCAGCGAGGAGAGCAGAAUGGACUGGUCGGCCCGUUACGGAAACCAGUCAUGCCAGAGAAACAUGACAUUGCUGAGAUUGACUCUGAUGAUGAAAUAUUUGAAGAUGUCGGAGACAUGUCCCCCGACAUUGAGGAAUCGUCACUUCCCAAUGGUGGAGCAGCUGGAAAUGAGAAAUGUUUCACCAGAUCUUUCAAGUACAGCUACCUGUCCAGCUUUGCACGGCUUGAUCUGUCCUGCUGUGACGGUGCCUUCGUAGACUCUCUGAAGAAGUACAUAGACAGUGGGUUGGAGAAAGAUGCCACGAAAUACCAGAAGGGCGAUGAAGGGAUGCCGGAGUUUCAGCAUCUGAUACAGGCGGCAGGGAAAGGGCUGCAGAGGGAGCUGGACGUGUUUCUGUUGAAGUUGUCGAUGUGUCGCGAUGUCCUCACGCAAGAUGAGACCGACGUGGACCACACUGCUGAACACUCCAUGAAUGGUUCAGCUACUUCCUAUAUUUCCUUCCUGACAGAGAAACUGGCAAACUGCAAGGCACAGAUACUGAAAGUGGAAAAAAAGGCGCAUGACGCCGUGACGAAGGUUCCGGAUGAGAGUUACUGUUACCUGGACUCCCAGGAUAUGCAGGAUAUCCGCGACCAGCUGCAAGGUCAGCGGAGGUCAUUCGUGUCAUCCAUUCCACGAGCCACUAUGCACAUUCCACUCGCUUCAUUCGAGGUGAAGGUCACCAAGCCAGGCAAACUAACAAGUAAGAUGACCUUGACAGUUGAUCUGAAGCAAGGAAGAAUGUAUGCAGUAAAACCGUCGAAAGAAUUCCUCGAUUCAAGCAACAACUUCAGCCAUGAUAAAAUUCUUCAGCUGAUAAAAAACACUGCUGAUAACAGCCGGCUGGACAUCAUCAUCGAAGGCAAGAAGAAGACGACCUACUCUUUUGAAAAUGCUCAUGUUAGAGAGAACUUCUGUCUGCAGAUUCGACAGAUGAAAAGUCUGCAUUCCACUGAAGCCGAAGUCGACCAGAUUUCAGUUUUUAUCGGAACGUGGAACAUGGGGAUCGAUCCCAGACCGACUGGGCAUCAGGCCAACACUUUACCACUGGGCUAUGUCCCGCCCCUGCUUGAGUCUUGCAGUCUGUGGGGUCUUCGCCUUGUGAUCCUCAUCAACCCUGUUCACAAGAACAUGAUCAGUCACAUUCAGAAGUCUUCUGUGAAGACCGGUAUUGCUAACACACUGGGAAACAAAGGAGCAACAGCCAUAUCAUUCCAGUUCAAUGGGACGUCGCUGUGCUUCAUCAACGCCCAUCUAACCUCUGGAGAGGAGAGGUUACUAAGGAGGAACAACAACUUCCGGAACAUUCUCAAAGGUCUUUCACUGGGUGUGAAGAAUCUCGAAGGUUUUGACGUGACCCACAAAUUCCACCAUGUGUUCUUCUUUGGCGACCUCAACUAUCGGCUGUCAGAAAAAAUAGAUGUUAUCCUGAAAAAAACGGAAGAAAAAGACCUUCCCUUUCUGCUUGAGAAGGACCAGUUGCGGAAAAGCCAGUUCAACAAGACAGCUUUCUAUGCAUUCAGCGAAUCAGAAAUCACGUUUCUUCCUACUUACCGGCUGUACCGACACCAGCGCGGUUACAAUUACGACUGGAAGAAAAUCAAGAAAACUGGCGAGAGAAUCAACGUGCCAUCAUGGUGUGACCGAAUUCUGUGGCAUUCCUAUUCAGGCACUUUCAUUGAGAAUCACGCAUAUGGCACGGCAAACAACCUGUUGAACAGUGACCACCGUCCAGUGUUCGCCUCAUUCACCAUCGGUGUCGCCUCCCAGUUCGUCCAGAACCGAGCCUCCGUCCUCGAAAACAACACCAUCAAGAUUCUACUCAACAGGAUUGAAGCCGAGGUCAAAACAUGCAACAAACAGAAUUUUGUGUUGGAGUUUUAUUCCAGUUGUCUCCCAAACAUCAUUUGUUGUGAACCCAACUCCAAGUUUAUUGACAGUCGAAGUAACUGCUGCUGUCCAGUGUGGACCUCUGCCAAUUUGCCUCUUCUGAAGCCUCUGUUUAAUUCCCGUGAGUUUCUGGAGGAGCAGCAUAUCCUGAUUGCUGUGAAGAGUUCCGGAGAUGAUGAUGAGUCUUACGGAGAAUGUGUUAUCCCUCUGAAGAAUAUGUUUUCACCGGAGUUCCAAUUGUUUGAUGCCGUUUUGACACACAAUGGUGAGGAAACGGGGAAAAUAAGAGGUGAAAUUCGUGUUUCCAUGGGAGGAAAAUACAAAGUAGGAAAAUACAAAAAGACUUAUGAGGUGGUUGCCCUGGACACAGAGUACCAAGACCCCGAAGAGUUCCUGCCCGGUCUUCCCCGCCCCGCGUCCAAACAGGAAUCUCAGUUCACAAGUCGAAGCCCGGUCUACGAAAACACGCAGCAAGCCCAGCCGAUGACCUCCAUCACCGAUCCCUCCCCCUCCCUCGUCGCCCCACCUCGCUCUCACCACAGCCAGCUGAACGCUGACGGGGCUCUCCAGGGUGGGGGGCAGGCCACCCCGAGACCAGCUACAUCGGGAGGACUAGCUGCCAGUGAUCAUCAUCUUAACAUUUCCGCAUCACCGCCUUCCUCCUCCUCGGCCAACAGCCAAGCCAGCAAGCCAACUGCGGGACGGAGACCAAAACCCAUCAUGGGUCAGUCGGUCCUGCUGGCUUCUCAAACACAAGUGAUGCCCGUCGUCUCAACAACAGCAGCAACAGCCACAAAUCUAUCCAACAUGCGCUCCAGUGAGUCUGCUCCGACGGGUUUCUCCUCUUCUGGCGCUGGUGGUGGUGGUGCAGGUGCAACAGGUGCUAGGCAGGGACAGAAGGUGAAGGACAAGGUGUCUAAUGUUCCACCACCUCUACCCAAGAAACAGAAACAUCCAGCGAAUGAGAUGAAUUACGAGGGUCUCUAUAAACCAUCGUCGGUGCAGGAAUGGCUCUCGGGAAUUGGUCUGGACGAACUCAUAGCAGUUUUCACUGAACACAGUUGGGACGAUGUGUCAAGGUUGUCCAGUCUCACAGCCCACGAACUCAUGCGCAUGGGAAUACAGAACACAGAACACCGGAAUCGAAUAAUGAUCAGCCUUCAAGACAUGUACUAGAGAAUACAAAACACAGAACACCGGAAUCAAAUAAUGAUCAGCCUCCAAGACAUGUAGUAGAGAAUACAAAACAAACAACACCAGAAUCGAAUUGUCAUAACAGUUUUUAAGAUUUAUGAUAAAAAAUACAAGGAUCACAUUAUUAUUAGUUUUUGUCUCGCCUUUGUGAAGUAAAAAGACAAGAUAUAAGUAUUACUAUUGCGCCAGUAGCAUCGACUUUUGCAUUAAAGUUUAAUGUUAAAGUUUCGUAUUUAGAUCAGUUUCUCACAAACUACAAGUCGUAAGUCAUUGAAACUUGGUUUAUAGUUGCACCUGUGGAUGUUUAUUGAUCAUAGUGCACUGAAUAAUUUUAUUAGCGAGACGUUGAAAAAUUUGGCAGAAUUCUUGUUAAUAUUUGUGAUGGAGAACACGAAACACUGAACACAAGAAUCGAAUAAAGACUGGUCUCCAGUAUUUGUAGUAGAGAAUGAAAAAACAACACUCCAUUCAAGUCUUGGAGAAGUUAAAGUUUGUCUAAUUCAUUUAUCUGUAACAGAAUUGUUUUUUCACUGGUACUUAAUUUACUUCUUUAAACUGUUACGAGCACGUAAAUGAUGUCCUGAAUUUAAUGUGUGAACAAAAACUGGGUUACCAAAACCUAGAAAUUGUGAGAACUGACUACAAUAGAAACAGUUGUUGUUGUUGCAGUGAGAGCUGACGACAAUAGAAACAGUUGUUGUUGUUUCAGUGAGAGCUGACGACAAUAGAAACAGUUGUUGUUGUUUCAGUGAGAGCUGACGACAAUAGAAACAGUUGUUGUUGUUUCAGUGAGAGCUGACGACAAUAGAAACAGUUGUUGUUUUUGCAGUGAGAGCUGACGACAAUAGAAACAGUUGUUGUUUUUGCAGUGAGAGCUGACGACAAUAGAAACAGUU